GUCAUUGACAUCGUCACAGUCGUAUACACGUUACGGUUUCCCUCGUGCUCACGCGUUUUUGUCGUCUAGAAUCCGGUGUGGUCGUCGCGAUUCGCUUUCCAUUUUUUUUUUUUUUUGGUGAAAUGAAGACAUCGUCGUGAGCUAGUGAACAAGUUGCCGAAGAAUUCGGCGCGACAACUGUCAUCGUCGUCGUCGUCGUCGUCGUCGUCGUCGAUAACUUUUGUCACGCGCGUGUUAUCAGCCACGUUGUCAUUGUGUCGUCGUUGAAUUCAACAUCUCCGCGAUGGAUCGGUGAAAAUAAAGUACACUCUGAUAGUGGACUAGAAGUGGACUGUAAGUUUGUUAUGGACACAGAGGUUCACGUGUGUAUGAAGACCGAAAGAAUCGUGUGGUCUUCUGACGUGCGUCAAGACGCACGAGCCUUGUUUGCAGUGAUAAGCGGCACAUUCGAAGGACGUUAGUCAUUUAAAAAAGAAAAAAAUUGUUUUAUGAUACACUCAUCGGAGCGUCUACAAAAGCUUGCAAGGAGGAUCGUGGCGGAAACGGCUUUAACAUGCAUUGAAACAAUUCAUUCUCGAUCAUUCGAGUCGUACCGAUAUUCGCCAGCGGGCGAACGCAGUGAUACGACAACGUGAACGUCAGACACGGAGCGUAUCGCUGGCGAUAAAAACGCGCCGGUGCGUCCUGUCGUCUCCACGAGUCGCAGGAAGAAUAGGAGCGCGCGUUUCCGACCCUCCAUGGACCACGGAGCGAUGGACAGCUCUUCCGAUCACAGCAGCCGUGCCAGUCCCGUAACCGGCAGUCCGAAACAUCCUCACAGCCCGUCGACGCAGCAGAGCCAGCAGCAGCAGCAGCAGCAGCAGCAGCAGCAGCAGCAGCAGCAGCAGCAGCUUCACGGCAACCAGCAUCAACCGCCGCCGUCUCAUCAGCAGUCGCACGGGCGCGAUCAUCAGCAACAGCAUCGCGGUGUACCGACACCGGGAUCGCCCACGAGAGGUUCGCCACCCCAGGGCCUUCCUUUGAGCCCGCCGCCGUUGUCGGCCGGGGGUGGCCACGGGGCACCGCCGGGUAUGGUGCCUCGUAUGCCGGGACUGCCGCCGCCGGGACUUGGACUAUUGGGCCAGCUCGGUGGUAUGCUGAGCGGGCACCAUGGUUCGCCGCUGGAACUGAUGGCAGCCCAUCACGCCGUCCUGCCACCAAGAUCAUACAACAGCCCGCCGCCGAUCAGCACGAGCGAUCCCACCGCCAACGAGUGCAAGUUGGUGGAUUAUCGUGGCCAGAAAGUCGCCGCGUUCAUCAUCGCCGGCGACACGAUGCUCUGUCUGCCGCAGGCCUUCGAGCUGUUUCUCAAACACCUCGUGGGCGGCCUUCACACAGUCUACACGAAGCUCAAGCGACUGGAUAUCGUGCCGUUGGUGUGUAACGUCGAGCAGGUUAGGAUUCUACGCGGCCUCGGAGCCAUCCAACCCGGCGUCAAUCGGUGCAAGCUGCUCAGCUGCAAGGACUUCGACGUUCUUUACAGGGACUGCACUACGGCCAGCUCCAGGCCAGGAAGACCCCCAAAGCGAGCUUCCGUUGGACUGAGCCUGGCGGCGAGCCACCUAGCCGCGGCGGCUGGCCAUCAUCCUCAACACUCCCUGAAGAAGCACAGAAUGGACAACGGCGAUUAUUACGAAAACGGACACCUCGACGUACCCAGGAUGGAGAAGUCACCGCUUCUGGCGAACGGUUACAAUCACCCGCCCACGCACCUGAGCCACAUGCAGUUUAUGCAGCUCAGCGGACACCCAGGUGCAGGACACACCGCCAUCCUGUCACCGGCCAGUUUGCCGCAUCACCUGCAAGCGCAGGCACAGGCUCGGGCCGAGCAGGGUCUCAAGGUCAACCCGAAUAUGACCAACAUGGAGGCCCUCGCGAGGUCCGGGACGGUUUGGGAAAACUGCCGAGCUGCCUACGAAGAUAUUGUCAAACAUCUCGAAAGGCUCCGCGAGGAGAGGGGCGACGCCGAGAGAGCGCUGGCUUUGGACCACAAACCCAGGGACCUCAGCUCGCACAAUGGCUCCUCCAACGGUCACAGCCCGGUUCUAAAUCUCUCAAAAACGGCGGGAAGCGGAAGCGUGGGCGAGCAGUCCGGAAGCGAGGCAGGUGCGUCGCAUCGUUCUCAAGACGACGAGGAGGAGGACGACAAUCUGUCGGAGGACCUCGAGGACGACAACGAGAAGGACGAAGAUUUGUCGGACGUGCCGGAAAACCUGCCGUUGCCGGCACCAGGCUCGGAAAGUCCUCCCCAGGCCCUGAAUUACUCGCAGAUAGCCUCGGCGGCGGUCGCCGUGUCUCAAAGCGCCCAGGACCCCUCGGUCUCGAGUACGGAGACCCUGCUGAGGAAUAUCCAGGGCCUGCUCAAGGUCGCGGCCGACAACGCGAGGCAGCAGGAGAGGCAAAUCAACUACGAGAAAGCCGAGUUGAAAAUGGACGUUCUCCGAGAGCGGGAGGUCAAGGACAGUCUGGAGCGGCAGUUACAAGACGAGCAGAAGGUGCGAGUGGUUUACCAGAAACGGUUAAAGAAAGAACGAAGAGCGAGGAAACGGCUGCAGGAGCAGUUGGACCUGGAGGUCAAGAGGCGCACACAAUUAGAGGAGGCCCUGAAAGCCACGGGCGCGUCCUCGGAGCAAGUCAGAGCGAUUACCGACAUCGCGAUAAUCGGGCGAUUGCUAUCUUUCUAUGACGCAGAGAACGUAACGGCGGAGGCGCGCACGAGUUCGGAGCCGGAGGCUAGCCCGGUACAUUCUCAGUCGCAGCAGCAGUCGUCGCAGCAACAGCCACCGCAGCAACCCCUUCAGCAGCAACAGGCAGCGGCCCAGCAAUACCGGGAGGCGCAAGUGCCGCGUCCUUCCCAGCAACCGUCGACGCCGGAGAAGCCCGCAUGGGGAUACGGGCUGGAUCUCAUCGGUAGCCAGGCGUCGGCCUUCUGGCAAAACUACCAAGAAUCGCUGGUGCAGGAACUUGAGCUGGAGAGAAAAUCGCGGCAGCACCAAGCGGCCGAGAGGGACCAAGUCAAGUCUCCUCUUCAAGGUGCGUUGAAUAAAGAGUCGCGGACGGGUUACUACAAGAACUCCGUUCUGUUUACGAGCGCGACCUAGAAGAGGCCGGACGACGGCAGGCGGGGGCAGCAGCAGGCAGAUCGUGCAUCGAGCAGCCGAAGCAGCGAGUGAUCGAUCGGAGAAGUGGGAAGCGCGAUUCGAAGCCACGAGACGAAGAGAAAGAUAGCGGACUCACGCAACGAGAACCGAGGACGGGGGGAGGCUUUGCGGAACGAGAGAGAAGCUCUGCUCGCGACGGAUUCGACGGAGGAAGAGCAGGACUCCGGAGUGACGACGAUCUCGCGCGAGUGUCCGCGGAGACUUAUAUGUACAGCUCGGCCGAGCACCGAGAGUAUCUUUGUCGCGUUGGCGGGCUCGUAAGUUCCGGACGAGAGUUGUGUGCGAGCGAGCGAGCGAACGAACGAGCGAGCGAUCGAUCGAUCGAUCGCUGAACGACGACGGCAACGGACUCGAUUUCGUCGAGCCGGCCGUAAAAGCGCGUGGCCGUUUCACACGUUUGUACAGAGCCGCCGCGACCGGCCGCGCUUUCCGACACUCGAGGGUCGGGGAAAACGGAGGAGGAACGAAGAGCAGAGAGGAAUCUUCGAAUCGAGAGAUCGGUCCGGUCCGGGGGAUCCGCGACUGGGACGCGGACCGAUCGGCACACAUAUCAACGACGCGAUACUCGCCGAUCUCCCGAUUCGCGUUCGCGGCGAUCGCGCUGGGGGAAUCGCGUCGUUCGUUCGACGACGACGACGACGACAGUACCCCGAAAGGAGGAUAUUCUCUAAACAUACGCAUCAUCGAUUAUAUUACCCGUGACGGAUGAUGACCGAACAUUGCGUGACUCUCGCGGUACCGAGACGAUCGCGGACGACAGAGGCGAGGUGACAGAGGGAGAGCGGGAAGAGAGAUAGAGAUGGAGAGAGGAAGUGAGAGAGAGAGAGAGAGGGAGAGAGAGGAAGGUAGGCGGAUAACGAAUGGGAGAUAAGAGAGGCAUAUUUCUAAAGACUGCUGGCGAGUGCGUGCGUGAGUGCAUGCGUUCCUAGAGGUACCUAUCUCCUAAUUAUCGAGCGAAUUAAUUAGAUAAUCGUUUUUAAGGGAUUCCAAGCGAUCGGGCGCGCUACGCCGUCGUCGCGUGCAUCGUGAGGCGCGCCGAUUUCGAGUAUUAUUAUCAUUAUUAAUAUUAUUAUUAUUAUAUACGUCGCCGCGGCGGCGCGAGGCCCGAUCCGAUCGCCCACUGCGAAACGAAUGCCGAGUCGCGGGCCCUCUCGUCGCGCGACCGGCCCAUUUCGAUAUCCCGUCGGAACCGGCGCCUUCGGCGGUGCCGAUCAUUGCGUUUCGAUGUUGCGACGAUUUCUUUUUUUUUUUUCGAGAACGCCGUCUCUCCGGACACGUCGUCGCAGCGCCGAAAAACGCGCACCGGCUUUUUGUAAGAUGCGCAUAGGAGCGCGGAAAUUGACGAGCGAGUCCCUUCUGGAUUCGACGCGGAACGGAAUUAGAGCGACUCGAGCGCUGUAUCAUAGAAAAACGAGAGAGAGAGAGAGAGAGAGAGGGGGGGGGGAAGUAAGAGUAAGAAUGACGAGGCGAGAAAAUGAGCGUAUGAAUGAAAGACAGUGCGAAUGAUAGACGUAGAGAAAAAUCUCGAGAGAAAGAAAAAGGGAGGAGAGAGAAAGAGAGACAGAGAGAAAGAGAGAAAGAGAGAAAAAGAGAAAGUGAGAAAGAAUUUUGCGAGUAUGUGCGCGCGCGCGUGUGUAUAUGUAUGUGUGUGCGUGUGAGAGGGUGCAUGUAUGAUAAAAACGGAAACAACGGGGGAUUCUCUCCUAGCGUCUUAAAUAGUAACACCUUAUUUAUAUAAAUAACUUAGUUACUACCGAAGCAAGUAAGUCUAAUCCAUAUUGCGUGUGUCCCGCGUUUGCGUUGACCGGCCGAGAACAUCCGGCGAAAUAUCUCUUGGCGCGUGCGAAAGGUGCGGACGUAGGCGAGGAAAAGAAAAGAGGAAAAGGGACACUUCCGAGGACGCGCGCACGCGUCCUUUGCAGAGUCUGGUACAGUGCGAGGAAAGCGCCAGGGAUAUUUCCCCGGGGACCGGUCCCCGUAUUUAAGAUCCAUGUACAAAGUCUUUUGCCGUAAGGUUCUUGUGUUGUAAAGUUCACAUAAUCAUAGUGUCUAGUAUCGUACCAGCUAAAGCCCGUUAAGACGAUGCUAAACGUAGAGAAACGAAAAUUUAACCACCGAUAGCUGAUCCGUAUUUGCCAUCGCCGCUACCGAUUGACGGAAAGGAGGGAGGGAUAAAGGAUGGAAGAGGGUUGGACGCGAAAGUGUUCAGGUAACGUUUUUCACGAUCGAGAACCGUACGGAUGACAUCGAUAGUGCCGACGAUCCCGAGGGAUGACUUUGGCCGACGCCAAAUAGUACAAAUUAAAUCGCGAAGACAGAUAUUGACAGUUGAAUCGCUUUUUCACGCGAGGCAAGCAACAUCGAUAGUUCUCGAUACGAUCACGCACAAACAAUUUACUGUAGAUGAAAUCUGAAAAUAGCGAAUGUGUUUCAAAUCGAUUUGGGAGAUUUCCGGUGCAACAAAAUGAAUUGAAUGUGCGGUUCUACGAUCGGGGAAAACGAUACCGUGUUGGCGAAGAUGAAGGUGAUAUGCGAAAAAGAGAGAAACGUGCGAAACGUUUGCGGGGCGGAGUUGGGAAUGAGGAGUAAGAGGGGGGGAACUUUGUCGUCGCCACAUUGCGAGUCACGGCGACGGUGACUAGUGACGCCGAUUUCGCGACUGGACUUAUACAAUCUAGUAUCGAGGCAAGAAGUGUAUUCAUUGUAAUUCAGCAUUAUUACCUAUAAAUAAAUAGUUGUUAUUG